CGUCGACGUGCUCGGCCGUCGUUCGUCGGCAGGUACGGGGUGUGCCCCGCCGGUCGAGUUGGCUGUUUGUGAUUCGUUCGAGCGGUUCGGUACUGUUCGGCGGCUUGGGGCAUGGUGGGUGGGUCGUCUCCCUUAUCCUGCGUCGUCGCCUGCCUCUUCUCCUCCUGUCCUCCUUUCGUUUCGUUUCGACUCGGUGCUCACUCCUCUCCGUGCUCCUGCGCUCUGGUCUGCGAGUCGUCGCUAGGGUUGGUCGCCGACGGGCUCCGAUGGCGGCGCGCUGCCGUGACGCGGUUAAGAUCUGCUGUUCUCCUCUUUGCUGGGCCUGGAUCCGCUGCACCGUUCUUCGAUCUGCGGUUGCUCCUGCUUGGUCAGCAAACCUGCUCAUCCUCGUGUGCGUGCUGGUCUUCGCGUCUUGCUCCAAGGAUCUGCAGGUUGUUUUGGUCUAGAGGUUAUUUCUCCGAGCCGGCCGUGUUGAUAGGCCCUGUAACGUGGUGGUGUUGUUGGUUGCUUCGCACGUACUUGCAUUCAUGUCUGCUCAUUAUUGGUGAUGGCUCGUCGUCGCGUGUGUUACAUGCUCCUGCUGUUGGUGCUCUGGGUGUUCGUAAGAGAAAGAGGGAUGGCUGGUUCCCCGUUCUGACUCCUGCCAUGUCGGCUAGAAACCGAAAAAGGCGUAAGUUACUUAGGACCCUUCAUCACCACGGUGUUACAGAUCUUGGGUUUAUAGAUGGGUUACCAGAUGAGUUGCUAGCUGAUUGGACCGGGUUUCCUGCCGAGGUUGUUGACAAUCUCAAAGCGUCCUAUAAGGAUAGGUCUUACCAUGGUCCUCCCGAGUAUCAAUGCCCCCAUUGUAAGGCCUCUUUUUGGUUUGAGGAGAGGGUCAAGUCGUCUUCUUCAUGGGUGCAACGUAAAAUCAUUUAUAACCUUUGUUGCAAAGGUGGAAAAGUCGUUGUUAAACCCUUCAAGGAACCACCCGCUUUCUUGAAUCGCUUGUUAUCUUAUGAUGGUGAUCGUGUUUCCAAGCAAUUCCUGACUAAGAUACGACAAUACAAUUGCAUGUUUGCAUUUACAUCUAUGGGGGCGACCAUUGAUCGUUCGUUAGAGGGUACGCGGGGUCCUAACCUUUACAAGAUUUGUGGUCAGGUCCAUCACCGUAUUGGUUCUCUUUUGCCAUCGAAAGAUGAGUCGCCUAAAUUCGCUGAGAUGUAUAUUUAUGACACUGCUAAUGAAGUGGACCAUAGGAUGAAUGCGGUCAAUGUAUAUGGUACUUCCUCAAGACAGUUAGAUCGUUCUAUUCUGGAGGGUUUAAAGGAUAUGCUUGACCAGAACAAUUCUUUGGUUAAGAAGUUUAGGAUGGCUAAAGAGAGGUUAGAGGAGCAUCCAGCUGAGCGUAUAGCUAUUAGGAUCAUUGCGCCUGGUGAAGGUGAUGGUCCACAGUAUAACCUGCCCACGGCUAAUGAGCUGGCGGCCCUGGUUGUUGGUGAUUUUACUUUAGACGCAUCUUCUCGAGAUAUCAUGAUACAUGAUAGGGUUGAAGGGCUGCAUCAAAUUAAUUCUUUGCAUCCAGCCUAUAUGCGAUUGCAGUAUCCACUGUUGUUCCCGUAUGGUGAGAGAGGUUUCCAAAUUGAUGUUCCAUAUAAAGGAUUGCGGGCCGGGGAAAAGACCAGGGGUAAAGUUACUAUGCAGGACUAUUACUGUUAUGCGUGUCAUUGUCGCCCGGAACAGCCAAAUCCUUACUUAUGUUAUGGGUCUUUGUCUUCACAAAUUGUUGUUGACUGUCGCGCUUGCAUUGAUGAGCAGCGACUUUGGUACAUACUUAGGCACCAGGAUGAUUUUCGAUCUAAGCAUAUGCAGGGUGUUACAGAUGCUGUUGGCCAGGGUUAUGUCAAUGGCUGGUCUGUUGAAAAAAAAACUAUUUGCCCGUCCAGUCAUACUGGUGGGAAACGUUACUUUCAGGAGAACUUCCAAGAUGGUCUUGCAAUCUGUCGAGUGCAUGGUGCCCCUGAUAUUUUUACUACUUUUACGUGUAAUCCAAAGUGGCUUGAGAUCGCUGAGGCCUUACUGUUAGAACCUGGACAAAAGCCGCGUGUCAGGGCUGACAUUGUUGUUAGGGUCUUUAGCAUGAAACUUGAUGAAUAUCUAGAUGAGAUUAAGUCGGGGCGUGCCUACGGUCCUAUAAAGGCUGGUACUGUCUUUUCCCCUUUCAGUCGGUCUGCUAUCUGAGAUUUUCUGCUUAGUGCAUAUGUAUUUCUCUGUUUUUUGACCUGUUGUUGUUUUUGCU